AUGCAGAAAGCCCCCGAAGCCGGGCCAGAUCUCAUGACCUACGUCUGGGCAGGGAUCAACAUGGCAUCGCUCGUGGCGACGCUCCUCUCUGGGCCUCUCAUACACGAGUACGGCUGGCGUGCCGCUUUCUUUUGCACGGCGAUUCCUGCAGUCUUCGUCUUGGUUCCAAUCGCCUUGGGCUGCCUCGAAGAGAUUCCAGCAAGCCGGGAGGAGUUGGCAAAAAUUCGGCAGCAUUAUUUCGAGCAUCGGGAGACCUGCUUCCUCUGUCUCAUCAUGCUUCUCAGCACCUUCACCAUCAUGAUUGUUGGCCUCGUCCAGCACGACCCGCGGAUCAAUUUCGCAGUUUCCCUCGCUACUGCUUUGUUCAUGCUGCUCUGCUUCUCCCUUUGCCUCACACCCGUAAUCGCCAAAGCGAAUGCUUUCGCCGUGCUCUACACUGGUUUGAGUGCCUCGAUUUCUGGCGCUGCUUUUUAUUUCUACACCGACACGCCGGAGAUGUAUCCAGCCGGGCCGCAUUUCUCUGAUGUCUUCUUCAACACCAUCCUCGGCACCGUUGGGGUCAUCUUCUCCUUGUUGGGCAUGUUCCUUUAUCAGCGGUACCUCGGGGGUCUCCAGUACAGAAUGCUUAUCCGGAUCACCGCAAUGAUCAUGUUCUGCUUCAGCGUGCUGGACGUAAUGAUGUUCGCGCGUGUGAAUGUCAGGUUUGGCAUCCCAGAUCACUGGCUCGUCCUGGGAUUGUCGAUUUGCGAGCAGAUGGUGUACCAGUGGCAGUGGAUGCCGCAGGUGUUGCUGAAUGCAAACCUUUGUCCACGCGGCAUGGAGGCGACCAUGUUUGCACUCCUCGCUGGAUGCCACAAUCUGGGCAUGACCGUGAGCUCCAACUUUGGUGCGGCCUUGCUCCACGUGUUGGACGUGAAGCCUCGAGGUGCCGUCGGCGAGGCCGCUCAGUUUGAUAACCUCUGGAUUGCGGCGGCGAUCAGCUCCGUUCUUCCGCUGGUGACGGCUCUCUGUCUCAGCCACUUGCUGCCAGACUGCAGGCAGAAUGAGAAGAUCGACGCCGUAGCUGACCCGACGCAGGGUUCCGUCCUGCGGCGCUGGCUGAGCCAGAGAUCCGAUUCCAGGGUGCUUUAA